GAAGGUGUGUGUGAGAUUUUCCCCAUUUUUUUAAAACGGCUUGGGGGAAUCAACGCAAACGGAACUUGCAUCUCGACAUGACAGCGACAAUGGCAAUGCCGACGAUGCGCUGGUGUUUCUGGCUCCUGAGUGCGUGCUUGCUAUGGACGGUGCGAGCAGACAUUGAGGUCCCCCUCGGUAUCCCAAACCCAACCUCGCUCCAAAACCACAAGACCUUUUACGAGGGCUCUGGUUACAAGCACGCCUUUCACUGGAGCAUUGAAAAUGCAGGAACUCCCAACCAGACGCUGCAUGGGAUUCUCGAACUGAAUGGGAACAAUAUGAAAUGGGCUUGGAUAGGGUUGGGUUGGGGACGCACUAUGCUCGACGCUCAGUUUAUCGUAUGUCACCAACUCGCGGGUCAGAGCAUUGAAAUGCAUGAACACGAGUCGACCGGCGCUUACAAACCCCCGCAGUAUCACUACUACGGUGCGCAAGUCACCAUUCCUAUCCGUGGUGCCUUCAACAACAACACAUUGCUAUGCGAAUUUAACCGAAAGACCGACCCAAACGACGGCAUUCAUAUCAACCUGAACCUGAACAGUUUCACCGAUGUCAUCUGGGCAUUCAAUCCAAAUUCCGCCAAAAACUAUGAAGAAAAAUGGUUCUCGUACCAUGAAAAGGACCAUCGUGGGGCGGCUCAGGCGGAUUUGGUCGGUGGAAGCAUUGUUUCCAUCCCUGCAAAAUCCAUUGAACGCAAACAACUUCACGGAUUCGGCAUGAUGGCCGUCUGGUUGGGGCUCUUUCCCUUUUCGGUUUACUAUGCUCGUUACUUGCGCUCCACGGUCGGAUGGCUUUUUGUCCAUCUCACCCUCCAAGUCCUCGGCAUCAUAGGCAUCAUUGCCUUCUUUGUCAUCAUUCUGACCGAAUACAUCGCUCUGAGCCGGCCGCACGCCAUCCUUGGAUUGAUCCUGAUCAGCUUUAUUGCCGUCCAGCUCGUGCUCGGCAUAUGCAAUAUUUUAGGUCUGUCCAACGAAAGCUUGUCACGAGUUCGCAAAUGGGUCCGCCGGUCGCAUAAUCUCCUUGGUGCUGCUCUCAUCCUCACCGCCGUCGCGCAGGUCGCUCUCGGCUUGGAGACCUUGUUCCCCUGGGUGGAGCCCCGCGGAAAAGGCGCAUGGGCAGUCUUCUUUGCUCUCGUGGCGUUUUGGGUAACUGCUUUCAUAGGCACCGAAGCCUUUUUCUGGAUCAGUGUCCGUCGCACAGAUAUCGGAAUGCCGCAAAAACAAAUGGUGCAGAAAUCAGACAAACCCUUUGCGACCAAGGUGGAGCGCGGAGGAACUUCUGUGACCCUUACUGAAACGACGGUUCCGUUGGAUCACACCCAAAUUCGCCCGGAUAUGCCUAGGUUUACGUGGGCGACUUUGAACCAGGCUGUCAUGAAUGGCGAGCUCUUGGUCGUCGCCAAUGGACGCUAUGUCUACUCUAUUGCACAGUGGAUGACAAGUCACCCUGGUGGUCAGCUCAUUCUUCAUGCUGUGAACGGAACAGACAUUACCAAUGACUACUUCCACGAAGCUGGCUUCGAUGCUGAAGAAUUUGUGCCCAAACCUGAGGCACCUGCCCAACGUGCUGAACGCACUCAGGCGACUCUUCACCGCCAAGCUGCCUCUAUUGCCAGCAGCGAAGUUACCGCCGGUUACAGACAAUCCAGUAUUGUCCAGGAAAUGAAACUAUCUCCCCUGAUGGCGGAGCGAGACUGGCGAUUGGUCGUCCGCUCCCGUCGGACCCAUGUACAUACGCGUCUCGCGAUUCAAAAACUGAGCAAAAUGCUUGUAGGAGAGCUUGUCCCGGACCUGGACCAACCUUACGCGAACAUUGACGCAGAUGCCGCCAGUACGGGCCGCACGUUUGAUCCAAACGAGUAUCGUCGGUACGCUCUCGUCGAAAACAGUCCUAUUACCCAAGGUGCCUCCAUUUACAAGUUCCGAUUCUGUCUGUUGUACCCGUACGACGUCCGCGACGGCGAGCCACUUGGCUUCUUACCCGGACAAGCCAUUGAAAUCCAAGCCCGCAUCAACGGCCGACUGAUCACGCGCUUCUAUUCUCCGCAGACAGACGGCAAUCUCUCUGUAUUUGAAAUUGAUGUCAAGAUUUACCCUCACGGCACGAUGACGCAGUAUCUCGUUAAACAGAAACCUGGAGACCGCCAGUUCAAGAUCCGUGGUCCGUUUGGGACACCCCUCGUGAACCCGGAGCGACCCCUCCAUCUUGGAUCAUCGGACUGGGUACCCCGUCGCUUGAUCUUCAUUGCGGGUGGAACGGGCAUCACACCAUUUUUACAAUUGAUAAAGUACCUCCUCCUCCCUGUUUUGGAACCCCUCCGCGUCACUACCGACUAUGCAGCGACACUCGAGGAUGAACUGACUCUUACCAGAGGUGACAGAGUCCUUGUCAAACAUCACUACUUUGAUGGAUGGGCAAUUGGCGUCAACGUCCGCACCGGCAUGGAAGGCGCCUUCCCGCUCACUGUCACUUCUCCCCGCUGCUCAUCCCACGUUUCCAUCACGUUGAUUCACGGUGUGCAAACAGCGUCAGAAACGAUCCUUGGAAACGAGUUCAUCGAGGGUGCCUUGUUGGCUUAUGCGGAUUGCAUCCAGGUCCAUCGUUUCAUUGCCGAUGGAACUCUACCUGCCGAUGGAGCCGCCACGGGUAUCAUCUAUCCAGCACGAUUGGGUGCACCAGACUUGGAAAGCAUUUUGAGACAACGGUGGCCUCUGGAUGAUGAGCAAGAAGAGGUGGAGAGGAAACGGAUGUUUGUGUGUGGACCCACUGGAUUUGAUUCGUGGGUAGUCGACGUCGUCUCGGAAAUCGGUGUGGAUACGCGCUGCCUGACUGUAUUGCCCAGUGAUCGGGUCAUUUAGAAAAUUCGUCGUAUUUUCUUUUUUUAUUUGUUUGAAUCUUGUUGUUUGGACAGUUCAUGUACUGGAUAUUUCUAUUUUCGUAAAAACUCUGCUGCAAUUUUAUAGUAUAUAUAUUAUACAAAAACGUUUUCCCCAGCUGGG